AUGGUCCCAAAGAAGCUCGCAGUGUUCGCGUCUUUGUUUGCAGCCGCGUUCGCUGUCGCUCUCCCCGUCGAUGGAUCAGGCCACACAGCAAAGCGAUUCAUAUACCAGAAGUAUACCGCUGAAGAGAGAGUCGACGCAGUUAUUCCCUCUGCCAACGAAGAAUUAGCGAAACAAUUCAUAUAUCAGAAGUACACAGCGGAGAAGAGCAGCGACCAGAUCGAGAAGUGA